AGCUGCUGCAGCGGGGAGGGUGAGAGGGCCACCGAGACGGGGCGAGCUUCGGCGUGGGGGCGGCGUCCGGGACCUCUGGGCCCGGCUCCGGGUGACUUUCCCUGACCUCGGGGCGUAGGGGAUCGCCGGGUGGAGAGCGGAGCGGGGGUGUCGGUCGGUGGCCGCGGACAGUCGCGGCCGCGAAGUUGUAGCAUAAAGGCGGCUGAGGGGAAGAAAGGGCGAAGUUCGGCGUGCGCUCCGCGGUGGAGGCUCCGCUCCGCGCUCCUGCGCGAGGAUCGCUGCCGCUCGGCUCCCCGGAUACCACGGGGAUGCUUUUCCCCUCGCGCUCCCUGGCGGGGUGGAAACAGCUGUGCCCACUGCCCUCGCCCGCGGUCGGGGAGGCCGGAGACGGGCAGAGCGUGGGGUAGCCGGAGAGCGCCUCGCCGAGGACGGCCGCCUGCCCACGGCGCCCCGCGGCCUCUGCCCGGCCUCCCACGCGCAGCCUCGGAUCGCUGGGCUCCUGCUCGCACUUCUCUGAUCUUCAUCCUGUGCCCCCGUGGGUGCCUCCUCCUGUCAGCCCGCACUCUGGGCAUUCCCUGGCAGCCCACGUCUCUUCGAAGCCGCCCUACGUCCCUGUCCCCAGCGUCCUGUGCCACCCAGCGUGCGAGCUCCUGGGCCUGCUCCUCCGCCUCGAUAGAAACUCGCCCUCUUAAUUUUUUUAUUUCUUACGAUGCCCCACCCUUGCGGACUCGAAACGACUACAAAAAGAACUGUUGGCUUUGCAGAAUGACCCACCUCCUGGAAUGACUUUAAAUGAAAAGAGCGUUCAGAAUUCAAUCACCCAGUGGAUCGUAGACAUGGAAGGUGCACCAGGAACCUUAUAUGAAGGGGAAAAAUUUCAACUUCUGUUUAAAUUUAGUAGUCGAUACCCUUUUGACUCUCCUCAGGUCAUGUUUACUGGUGAAAAUAUUCCUGUUCAUCCUCAUGUGUAUAGCAAUGGUCAUAUCUGUUUAUCCAUCCUAACAGAAGACUGGUCCCCGGCGCUCUCAGUGCAAUCGGUCUGUCUCAGCAUUAUCAGCAUGCUUUCCAGCUGCAAAGAAAAGGUAGGACUUGCACCAUUAUUCCAGAGACGACCACCAGAUAAUUCCUUUUAUGUGCGAACAUGUAACAAGAAUCCAAAGAAAACAAAAUGGUGGUAUCAUGAUGAUACUUGUUGAUGCCACUGUUCUCAUCCUCGUAGCAGAAGAUAGUCCUACUGAGAAAAUGAGCACUUUGAUCAUUCAGUCUUUGAACUUUAACCUUUGACUGGAAGUGACCUAUAGGCAAUGAAGACUACUUCCUUUUACUGCAUUUUUACUCGUGUGCAUUCUGGGCGCAUGUUGAUCGCUGGUUCAGUCCAGGCAACUGACAUGCUUUUAUUAGUCAUACAGUAUUAAUGCAGGUGUCAGGAAAUGUCAAAUAUAAUUCCAUUUUUUUUAUUUUUAUUUUUUUAAGCUUUUGGAAAAGUUCCAGGUCCUCAUGUGUUGUGCAAUAACAGUGACUUCCUCAGUGGUUUGGGGGCGUUCAUUGCCGGCAAUGGACGUUGUGAAAGAGUGAGUUUUCUUAACUCCUGCCACUCGGUGAUUAAUGCAUGAUAGGGCCUCUGAAAUGAAUUUACCGGUUAUUGUGGGAUUAUAAGGAAAGUGAGGGAUCCAACGUUACAUUGAAAGACACCCCAGCUGUUGAUAUUGGAUUCUAUGCACUGUGAUCCUAAGGCUAACAGCAUGAAAACAUGCAUCUUUAAAGGACCGUGAGAAAGAUCAUUGCAUAUUUAUUUAAUUGUUUAUAUCUGCUGUCAAAUUGUUUUGACAUGGAAAGUUUUCGAGGAACAUUGGCAGAGAGGUACAAUAUGUUAUCCCUAUGGUGAAAAUAAAUUCAUUUAUUGUAUAUAAUCCUCAAUCUCUGAAGUAAAGGUGUGAAUAAUAGGGUAUGAAUGGUUUAACUAAGGCUUUGUUUUGGAAGUAAAAAAAUAGCAGUGAUGAUUAAAUUACUGCCAUCCAUCAUUUGGGCCUGUUAUUAUUUUCCAAGUAUAUGACACUCUUACUUCCUGCUAGCCAUCAGCAUGAGCCCUGUUACCUAAACACUAUUCAUCUAUUUAUGUUUGGAAAAAUCCAUAAACAUUUUUGUUUGUAAUCUUGUUUCUUUUGUUAUGUUUUCAGUUUGUUUUAAUGUUACAAUACUUUAAUUGAAAGAAUUUUGUCAAGUUUUUUCUUGUAACUUUUCUUUACUUGUAUCAUCUUGUCCUUCAAUACUGUACCCUGAAAUGAGAAAUACAUUUUUGACAGAGGCUUAAUGUUUUAACAAAA